GCAUGUACUUAAAAGACAGGCCACUACCAUGCACUAUUAGCACAGUAUUGAUGUCAGGUAGGUUAGAUCGCUGGUGCGGGGACUCGGAUCACUGGAAGUAGUGGACCAUGGCGGCUGCCACGAGCAGCAACACAUCCACAGCCACGCUACAGAUCAAGCACUCCAGUAUCGAGCAUACGCGGAAACGCAUAGACCCGAGGAGGAGGCAAGCGGCGCUGUCUUUUCUCAGCAACAUUUCUCUAGAUGGACGACCCGUGCAAGACGAUGCAGACAAUCGAAACGAAGAGGAUAACUCGCCUGAAUCUAGGACUAGACAGAGCCUGGUUUCUCCAGAGCGCUCGGCGUACGGGGCUGCUGGCGCCGCCGGAGCUGCUGCUGCUGCGGCGGCGGCGGCGGCGGCGGCAGCGGCGAACACGGCCGCCCAGGCGCUCGCUUUUGCAAACCAGGCUCUCCUCGCCAGCAGCCGGGCCAGUUUUGGGACGGGUGCUGCAGCUACCCCGGCGAGUUCAGACACGGAGGGCGACGCUUUCGCGCCCUCCACGUUCAGCUCGCCUUUCCCCGCUGUCCCAGCCUCGGCUAGAGGAAGGCUGCAGACGUACACUCAGGGAAUCCUACCUGCCUCCUACUGCAGGCAAACAUCCCAGAACUACUGCCUGGAUGGCGGACAAAUAGCUAACUCUGCGAUGGAGCUGCAGAGGUCAAGACGAAGACUCAUCUCUCAGCGCUCUUCGCUUGAAACUCUUGAGGACAUUGAGGAGAAUGCUCCUCUACGCAGAUGCCGAACCCUAUCGGGUUCACCCCGACCAAAGAGCUUCAAGAAGAUCCACUUCAUAAAGAACAUGAGGCAACAUGAUAUGCGCAAUGGAAGGAUAGUCCUUAUCAGUGGCAGAAGAUCCUUCUAUAGUGUAUUUUCUGUCCUGCCCUAUCGAGAUUGUAGCCAAGCAGGGGAUGUAAAGAUUGAAGGAGGUCGUCAGCGACACCCGUCAGGAGGCGUCAGUGCCAAGGAGAUGGUGAUCGGGCUGGAGGGAGUGGAGUUGGGAGCUGAUGGAAAGACUGUGUCCUACACCCAGUUCCUGUAUCCCACUAAUGUGCUGGGUGGUCGAAGAAACACCAUCGACUCUACCUCGUCGUUCUCUCAGUCUCGUAACGCCAGCCAUAGAAGCCUCAGUUUGGGCCGAGCCAACAGCAACCAGAGCAGCUUAGACACAGGGAAUGAUUUAGCGGAUUUUCGCGAGUACGACCCCAAUCUGCUGGAUGACCCGCAGUGGCCUUGUGGAAAACACAAGAGAGUCCUCAUCUUCCCAUCCUACAUGACCACGGUCAUUGAAUACGUCAAACCCUCUGACCUCAAGAAGGACAUGAACGAAACCUUCAAGGAGAAAUUCCCCCACAUAAGGCUGACACUCAGCAAGAUUAGGAGCUUGAAAAGGGAGAUAAGAAAGUUGGCCCAGGAUGAAUGCGGUUAUGAGGAACCGACGGUGGCCAUGGCUUUCGUGUACUUUGAAAAACUCGUUCUUCAAGGCAAACUAAACAAGCAGAAUCGUAAACUCUGUGCUGGAGCUUGUGUCCUUCUGGCGGCAAAGAUAGGUGGCGAUCUCAAGAAACACGAGGUCAAGCUCCUGAUAGAUAAACUGGAAGAGCGGUUCAGGGUGAACCGCAGAGAGCUGAUAGCCUUCGAGUUCCCUGUCCUCGUGGCGUUAGAGUUCAACCUGCACCUGCCAGAACACGAGAUCAUGCCCCACUACAGACGCCUGCUGCAGACCUCCUAGCAUUAGUGACCCAUCAGGAGGAGGACUCCCAGGUUCUCCUCCUGAUUCUCUGCUUCCCUCGGUAUCCAUCCUCCCACCACCUCUCCUCGUCCCCCGACUGACAGCUCUAAGGUCCAGCUGGCUGUCACUCAGCUGCAGCCGUUCAUCACUACUGACAGCACGCUCCUUCCUCUCAGAGACCCGAAAUCAGCCAAAGGGGCACACAUUUCUAAAACUUUUCUCUGCUGGUUGAUUUCUACAUCCAUCAUCACUACACAGACUUCUGAAAGAAAGGGUUAAGCCGUCUGCAAACAAGUAGUUUGCAUGUUUUCACAAGUCUUCAUCUUCAUUUCGUAUAUUUUAGACCUCUUGUUGAUUAAGAGACCUUUUUUUUUGUUUGAAUCUUAUGGUGAACUUUUUUCUCAGUGAAAGCAACCAAUGAUUGUAACAUUUUUGUCAUCUCUUUUCAUUAAUCUCCUUCUUGUAAACUUUGGUAUGAUUGGUUGCCUCCUGACCUGCGUAAAGUUUAAACAAAAGCCUUUUAAGUGGCUGGUUUUUGCUGGACUUUUAAUUCCUCAGAGUGAUUCAUCUUCGCAAGUCAUCGACUUAAAAGUGCACUUUUUGGAUAUUGCGAGACACGGAGGGAAGGGACACAUCUUUUCAGACUUUGAAUCAGCUUGGGGACUAACCCUGAAAAAUAAGCUGUGUUCAUAAGCACCACACACAAGUCAUUUGAAUGGACGUUUUGAAUUGUUUUUCUCUCUUUUAUAGUUUAUUCAUGAUUUUCUAGCUACAACUAUCUGCAUGAAUAGUAAUGAUUGUUUGUACACAGGUACUUGCAGACAAGACGGGAUUUCCUGUUUUCACUGAAGGAUUCCAUUCAUUUUCUACCAGUCAAAUGCUUGCUAUGGAUUUAUGGAGACCAGACCCACUUUUAUCAGUGUCGAGUUUCCUGUGCUCUAUGUUAGAGUGUAUUGUUAGCACAUUUACAGUGCUAUAAUGGGGUCAGUAAGGUAGUUUGGAAGAGGCGUUCAUGAGUGCAAAAAUGCCAUUAAGCAGUUAUCAGGAUUAGGAGCAGAGUGGCAGCAGGGUGCUUAAAUGUCCUUAAGCAAGACACUGAGUCCCUAGAGGGAUCAAUGACAGAUCAAACAUUUGCAUAUGACUUGAAUCAGUAUUUGUUGAUUUGAAAUCGAAGAUGCUUAAAAACAAAACAUUAACAACUUUAUGAACGUGACCAAUUUUAACAGUAUUAUUACAUUUAUUUGGCAUGUAUAUCAACUUCAUUUAUCUUUCAUUACCUUGUAAUUGUCUCACACAGUACCACAGUGAGAGAGAGGCCACCAAAUCAGGAACAUACAGUUUGGCCCACUUGAAAAAAAUUAUAUUUAACGCUGCUCCAAGUACUGAUUGUAUUUGAGCUGAAAUGAUUGCAACAUUAUACCAAAUUGUAAGCAUGGAUUCUGCUGAUUUAAGGUUGAAAAAUAAUGAAUUUAUUUCUGUUUGCAGGCCCAAAGAUUUCACAAUGCACUCUAAAUACUCUUUGAGGAAAGACUCAUGGGCGACACUCUUUACCUGUGUAUGUUUGUAAAUAAAUUGCUUUGCUUGUUCAGUCAAAACAAGACUCUGGACAUGUUUUUGCUUCACCUGACUCUAGCAUGCAUUGAGUGAACAGAAAGCACUGGACUGUUUGUUCUUGGAAUUAAAGUGAAUCUCUGUCUUUAAGGGGUGUUCAGACAUAAACCGGAGUGAAUCCUUGGCUGGCGUCUCUGUCCAGAUGUUAGCUUUAUGCUAGCAAGCAACCGACUCUGACUGAAUUCAAGACUCACCAGAAACUCUGGUUCUCUCUCCUUUUUCGUCUUUUCUCUGUACAUUUUCUGACGUAGAUUAAUAAAGCUUCAGAAUAUGUGCAAGUUA